AUGUUUUCUUCGGUUCUCGGGCCCGACCCUCUUCAGCUCGAUGUUGACUUGGCCGUCUUCACAACGAAGAAGGUCGUCAAGUGGUACGACGAGCUUCUUUCCUUGUGCAAAGUUGCUGUGCAAUCACAAGGCGUCGAGGGUCGAGUGGAUAAGGCGGUGACGCUUGCCAAACAACUACAAGUGGCGUCUGAAAGGAGGACCGCCGCACCAGACAGAAUGUCGGUCACAUCCGAGUCGGCGUCCGAGAAGACUCUCUGUGGCGAGAAAGAUUGGGGAUUAGGCAAAGUGACUGUUGUUGAAAUCGAGGAUGUCAGAGAUUCGGCGAGGUACGAGGACCGAGAGGAGUUGGCUCAGCCCAGAAAGGCAAGAUGGUGGAGAAGAGUGCUGGCGUCUUUCGUCACCAAAGUCAGGGCCUCAAAUCGCCAACGGCAACAGGAUGAGGCAAGCAAGCUUGUUCGCCGCUCGUUGGAGAUCAGCCGCACGAGAACCGAGCUUAGCAAAAGUGUUGUUGAGUUUGGCGCCGAAGUCGAGCAAUUACGGCUCACAGCCAGGGGGUUCAUUCUGCAGCUGAAACUACAGACCAAAUGGCGCCAGGUCCAGGCAGUGGCGCAACGACCCGGGGUGACUAUGGUCGAGGUCAGCAAAGUGACGACUGUCAACAUUGACCACUUGUCGUGUGAGCGACGGCGGACGCAGGCGAUCCGCGAGAAAGUGAGCAAAUUGAACGGCGCAGACGAUGCCAUGAUGCAGGGAGUAGGAGAGAUACUGGAACGUAGUAAAAAACUCAACAAGGAGCUCAAGAGCUUGCACAAAGACCUGAAGAAGCACGCCUAUCGCCAUAACGAGAGGUUGAAGUUGGUGGAAAGGAUUUAA